CUGCCUGAACCGCAGUAUCCAAUCAAUGCGUUACUCUUAGGCGAAUCAUGAUGCCUUCAACUCAUAGUAUAUUAGUUCCGUAUGUACAGAAGAAGGAAGCUAUAAAUGUUUGGGACAGCUAUAAAAAUGGAAAACCAUUACAACUUGUACAUCGCAUUAACUCCGUUGCUAUUUCCAUAACACCUCCUUACAAGUAUGGUCUUCCAGAUGGAUAUAAUGUCAAUCUUUACAAAUGUGAUAGUGAUAAACGUUUCCGUAAAUUAAGUGGAUUUUCGGCUCGAGUAGUUUGUUGUAAUUUUAGAAAUGAUGGGAAACUUGUCAUUGUGGGUGAAGAAGGCGGAACUCUGCGUAUUUGUACUACGGACAAAAACAAGUUUCAUCUUCGGAAGAUGAAAGCACACCAGGGUUCUAUUACAUCAGCUUCAUUUUUUUACGACGGGUUACGUGCAGCUAGUCUUGGAUCAGAUGCAAGUGUUCGAAUUUGGGACGUCACACUGGGUUCCCCAUUAGGACGUUAUGCAGUUUGCAAUGGAAGCGAAGCUGCUCGUGGCAUGGUAACAGGGAGAGUCGACAAUAACCUCUUAUGCUUUGGUGACCUUAAUGGAAAUGUUGCCAUUUACGAUGUGCGCGAGCCAAAACCUGUUCAAAAAAUCACAUUUCCGUCUGCGGUCUCUGCUCUUGCUCUUAGCAAGACGGAUAAAAUUUUGGCUGUUGCUGCUGGUUCAGUUGUACAGUCCUGGGAUUUCUCAGCUCAGAAAUUUCAUGACUAUGGAACAAGUCAAGGCCUACAUCUUCAUUACAAAGUUAUUACUGGUUUAUUCAUUGAACAACAUCCCAUUACAGAUGAAGAAGUACUUUUAUCUGUUUCGCUAGACAAGCUCGUCAAGUUCACCAGUCUGCUGGAUGGUAAAGAAUUGUAUCAGCUCCAAUGUUCAUCGCCUUUGACUGCUAUAGGUGUCACGCCAAAGUGUGGAAGUCUUGUAAUAGGAGGAGAACAUGGUUUCGUUAAAAUCAAACACUACGACUCGAAAAUAGACACAUUUGUCUCGGCUUCAUCUGAGGGGCAAAACAAAGCGUCUUCUAGUGACACAGAAGAUCCAUAUAUGAGUUUAUUGUCUCAGUUUUCAAAACCAAAUAAAGGCGAUCGCUUUAUGUCAAUGAAAAUGAACGAAUGGCUAGAAGUACCCUUAACUGGUUCUCGCCGUGCUCCCAGGGACUGGUUUUCACCCGAAAAAUUUAAAGCAACCGAAAGGCCGUAUGUUCCUUUAAUUCACCAAGUAAGCUCUUGAUACCACUGUUUCAUUUAAAUUUUCUCAAACAAUUUCCAAGGGUUUUUCAGUUCCUAGCCCAAACUCUUGCUAGAACUAUAUUUCUCAUUCAAAAUAACACUAAGAUCUUCAUUGCCUGUUUUUAGAAACCUGUUUUCGUUAAAAUCCUUUGAUCAUCAUAAGUCCCAUUUGACAUAUUGUCUAGAAUACUAUAAUCAAAUCACUAAGUGAGCUAGUGUAUUUAGUUAUGAAUACAGACGUUAAGUAAACGGAACAGUCGAAGUAGUAAAAAUAAAAAAUCAGAUGAAUCUUCAGGACAAAUUUGUGUUGGCAAACUGGUCGUUGAUAAUCUUUGUAUGACAAGUGUCUCCAAAUGGCAGUAUUCUUAAUAAAUUGUAUAUAUCGUUUGUAUGAAUGGUAAGAAAGACCGAGAACUAAUUCCUUAUCAGUAAUGAUCAUAUUAGUUUGUAGACCGGGAUACUAACCCAACGUCUAGAUCGAAGCAGGUUUUUUUCUCGGUGGGUUACCCCUUUUUGUCUUUGAUCUAGAGAUCUGAUCCGCAAAGCAGUAGAGCAACGUUAGGAGAUGUUCAUACGCCAUUCGUUCUCGCGGAAUCUUUCUCGAUUGUAAAGUUAACUGUAUCUUCUAUCAUAUAUUGUCAUUGUUUACUGUAUUUAUUUAUUUAUUUGUGUUCCUCUUUCAAGUAUACUUCCUCUCCCUCUUCUUCUCUUCACAAUGUUACUUCUCCAUUCUGUGUGAUACAUUCUAUUUUUUAGUUACUGGUUGUACCAGAUUUUAUGUACCUUAAGUAAAUAAAAAUGAGAUAAAUUGCUAACAUUGUCCUACAAUAUUUACCACAAAAUGCAAGUUGUUUAUACCCAUAACUUGUAUUUCUUGUUAUUAAGAUUUGAUUUACAAAUAGCCUUUAAACUUUUAAAGACUAUUUCUAAUGACUUGAUUUCCUUUCAUAUUUACAAUGAAAACAGAAAACGGAAAUAUCACGCAGUGGUCAGUCGUUUUACUCUCAAACACUGACAAAUACAUAUAAUCGAGUAGACGUUCUACUUAGACGUUUUAAUCACUCUCGUGCGUUGACGUUAGCUUUAACCUAUCGAUCAUGGAUGCGUCGCUUUAAAAGAAAAACCAUUCCUACCCCUCAAUAUUGUUUAAACUUAGCACUUGCUGUUGUACGAGAAUUAAUAAGAAGAGAUACGUUAGUUGCCGCAAUCGCAGGUAGAGAUAAUCGUCAGUUAGAAUACAUUUUUGGAUUUAUUUACAACAAUAUUUGGCGUAAAGAUUCAUCUGCAGUUUGCUUAGAAUUAUAUCAUUGUAUAUUAAGUAAGUUCCCACUUUAAGACUGCUUUUUAACAGUCUAUAGUACCAUCAGUUUUAUAAUUUAUAUUGAUUGUUGAAAACAGAUAAAUAAUUUGAGAGAUUGUAAACUAAAAUUUACUGUGCAAUACAGAACAAAUAAGAUUAAGUUUUCGAUAACCUUGUUACUUAAAUUUCCCGAUCUUAGCAACAUAUUAAGCUUAACAAAAAGCAUGCUUUUGAGCUUCAUUAAUUUUUCAAUACCAUAAUACUUAUUCUUUCCUAUUAGAUAUUAUUAAAUCUCUUAGGAAAUGCGCUUAUUUGAUUGGAUUACAUUCUCCACUUUGGAAAUUUUUGUGAAUCGUAAUUACUAACUCCACUUCAAAAGUGAUUUGAAGAUUUAUUGUAAAGUGGCCAAGUUGUAAUUGUUGGUGAAUAUAUCUGCAUCCAUAUUUAUCUACUGUGAUAGUUGCAACGUGUGCUUGUCAAAGUCGGCAGUAAAAGGUGUCGUUAAGAUGUAAGUGAAGUGAAAGAGAAUCAUACAUAAUGGAAGGUACAAUUCAGUUAAAAAUAUUCCUUUAAUCUAAAGGAGAUUUCACUUUAAUGUAGAGUGGGAAAUAAAUUAUAGUAAUAUGUAGUUAAAAGUCAGUUAUUGAUUACUCACAUAUAUUGGUUCAAUAGAUUGAAUUCUGAAGUUGCUAAUUGCGGAUAUAUAUGUUAAUUUUGAUUCCGUUUGUCACCGACUGAGUGAUUUAGUUUUAUGAACUGUUGUGGAUUUUUAUUUGCUAGUUAUUGACAAUAGCUAAAGAGGUUAUUAAAAUUUUAAUCUUCACUAAUCGUUAAUGAUUAAUUUUACUGAAAAAUUAUCAUUCUUAACAAAUUAAUAAUUGUGGUCAUCACUGAGACACUUUAUUACUUACCUUCGAACACCUUAGUGAGGUAACUAGCGAGGACAACAUAAGUUUCAAAUUGUAGCUAACACUAUUGUACAUGCUUUAUAAUUUCACGCCUUACGUUUUAAACUCUCAUCGCAUUUUUUUUCGACAGACACAUAUACUGCUGAAGAACUGACGAAAACCCGUGGAUUCGCAAAAGUUACUAGACUGCUCGAACUCACAUCUUCAAACUUCUAUGCUUUAGGCAGAAUCGUAGACACAAUUGUAUAUCAGUCCCGCGAUUUACCACAUUCAAAAAAUGAGCAAGUUGUAGAAAGUAUGUAUAAUUAUUCCUCAUCUAAUUCAGAAAAUUCACCAGAAUGCAAAGAAACAUCUGUAACUAAUAAGCGCAGAAAACUUAAUGUUACUUAGUUAUUGUAAUCCUGUAUAGUGAAAAUAAAUUUCCUUUCUGAUA